AUGUUGCUCGCGUAUCGCUGGGUGUUGGCAACCCUUCCAUUUCUCGUUUUUGUCCUUGCUUCCUCCGGCGACAGAGCAUCAAACUUUCAGAACUGCGUCUCUGCAUGUUAUGGAGACCGUUGCCAUCCUCAGACGACGCUUUCACGUGGCCUCAGACUGACGCGUUGGACGUGUACAGACGACUGCAAGUACCAGUGCAUGCAUAUGCUCACAGAUAUCGCAAUCCGUGAAGGUUCGAAGAUACAUCAAUAUUACGGAAAGUGGCCCUUUUGGCGGCUCUUCGGAAUGCAAGAGCCAGCCUCUGUCGCGUUCUCACUGUGGAAUAUGUACUAUCAUAUCCAAGGAUGGCGCCAGCUUCGCAGCAAAAUACCAAGUGACCACCCGAUGCGAUCUUACUACUUAACAUGCGCCAUAGUGAGCGUUAAUGCCUGGCUCUGGUCCGCAGUGUUUCACACAAGAGAUUUGCCAAACACAGAAAAACUGGAUUACUUCUCUGCUGCUCUCGUCAUUUUAUAUUCCCUGUAUCACACGGUUUUACGGCUCUUCAAUCAAUACCCCACCCGUUCGCGUGAGGAUGGCCGUAUCCAGCGCACCCCCAUAUACCUUCUAUGGUCGUCCAUUUGUACUGUAGCUUACCUUGCCCAUGUCACCUAUCUCAGCAUUCUGCCACGGUUUGACUACAGCUAUAAUAUGGCGUUCAACCUUACUGUUGGCUUCACGCAUAAUCUGCUGUGGCUGCUAUAUUCCCUUCCCGUAUCGUUACCCCUCAUUCGACGCUUUCCUUUCAAAUCAAAAACUUACAGACCAUCAUACGCAUCUGAGGUAGCAGUCUUUGUUGCUCUUACGACGGCUGCAACUGCUCUAGAGCUCCUCGACUUCCCUCCCUGGGGUCGCAUCAUCGAUGCUCAUGCCUUGUGGCACCUCAGUACUGCCCCUAUCACAAAGUUCUGGUAUGACUUCCUGAUCAAAGAUUCGUUGGAUGAUGGAUGGAGGGAACCAAAAAGGUGA